AUGUUGCUAGGACGGAGACUGCUGCAAGCGUCGACGCGCGUCGAUGCACAGCGCGCUACGUCGGGUGAUGCGACCCUCGACACGUUGAUGGAGCACGAUCGUUUCUUCUGUGAUACGAUGGAGAACAUUCCGCCGAGUUUUUACUUUCCCACCGACGCCGAAGCGAAUUGGAAACAGUCGGCGCCAAGAAAGUACCACAAGAAUGUCCAGGCUCAGCACCAGCGCGAGUCGUCCAAGAAGCGCGUGUUGAAGCGCGCCAAGUUCUCUCCCGCCGCGCAGCAAAGCAACGAGGAGCGUCAGCAGAGCGCAGCCGCCCUCGAGCAGCAGGAAAAGCAGCAACUGCAACUGCCGCAGCAACUGCAAGCGCUGGACAAGCGACGGACGUCGCGUGACGCCACGAGCGGAGCCGAUGGUCUCGACGGUCUCCGCGCUCGUCUCGCUGUGAAGAUCCAGACGAUGCGCGAGCAGCGCCACGCCGAGGCGAAGACGGGCCAGAAACGUCCGUCUCGGGCGGAGGUCGUGGCCGAGCAGCGCUCGUUGAAGAAGCGCAAGAGCGCAGCCAAUCGGAGCAAAGCACACGCAGAGACGCGCGAGCUGGAAGCAGCUGCUUCUCAGGCCCAAGGAGAGACACAAGCGGAGCAGCGAACGGACGACGUGUCGACCGUUGACUCUUCGUCCAUCUCGUACGGCAGUUUGUUGCUGGACGAGGGGCUUGACAAGGACAAGAAGACGCCGGUGAAGACGCGUCACGGCCAGAGUGUGCGCGGGAUCCAGAACCUGCUCAAGAAGGCGGAGCGCAACGCCCAGCGCCUCGAGGAGCUCAAGAAGACGGAGGACGGCGCCGAGAAGGUCAAGGCCAAGGGCUGGGACACGGCGCUGCAGCAGGCGGCUGGGAAAGUGGUGCUGGACGACCCCAAGCUGCUGCGCGCCAAGCUGAAGAAGAAGGAGAAGACCAAGGCCAAGAGCUCGAAAGAGUGGAAGGAGCGCGUGGCGAAGCUCGAGGUGUCGACGAAGGAGCGACUGAAGAAGAAACGGACGAGCGCGUUGGGCCGCGGGAAGCAGGAGACAGCGAAGGCAGGCGAGAAAAAAGGCCGAAAGGGACCGCGCGCGGGGUUCGAAGGCAAAAAAGGGGAAGCGUUUUUAAACGCCGAUAAGAAGGGAAGUAAGUUUGCAGGUAAGACGACGACAGCACCGAGGAAGUAA